AUGCGUUUACUACUUGUGACGUUGGCUGUCCUAGCAGUCGGAACUACCGCUGAAUCGGACAGCAAAGCGCGCACAGUAUGUUACUUCAGCAAUUGGGCGGUCUACAGGCCGGGUGUUGGCAGAUACGGCAUUGAAGAUAUUCCAGUUGAUCUAUGCACGCACAUCAUUUACUCCUUCAUCGGCGUCACAAAUACCACCAAUGAGGUGCUCGUCAUUGAUCCUGAGUUGGACGUCGAAAAGAACGGUUUUAAGAAUUUCACUUCCUUACGGUCGUCGCAUCCUAACGUCAAGUUUAUGGUUGCCGUGGGAGGCUGGGCUGAAGGAGGUUCUAAGUACUCUAAAAUGGUCGCGGAGAAGAGAUCUAGAAUGACCUUCGUCAGAAGCGUUGUUGAUUUCCUCAAGAAAUACAACUUUGAUGGUCUUGACCUCGAUUGGGAGUACCCUGGUGCUGCAGACCGUGGUGGCUCCUUCACUGACAAAGACAAGUUCUUGUAUUUCGUGCAAGAGUUGAGAAGAGCUUUCAUCAGGGUUGGCAAGGGUUGGGAGCUGACUGUCGCAGUACCCCUCGCAAACUUCAGGCUGAUGGAGGGCUACCAUGUGCCGGAACUUUGCCAGGAGCUGGAUGCUAUUCACGUGAUGUCUUACGAUUUGCGUGGUAACUGGGCUGGUUUUGCGGAUGUGCAUUCACCGCUGUAUAAGCGACCACAUGACCAGUGGGCCUAUGAGAAAUUGAAUGUGAACGAUGGACUUCAAUUAUGGGAAGACAAAGGCUGUCCUUCCAACAAGCUGGUAGUUGGUAUACCAUUCUACGGGCGUUCUUUUACUCUGUCUGCUGGUAAUAACAACUACGGUCUCGGUACUUACAUCAACAAGGAGGCUGGUGGUGGUGAUCCCGCACCAUACACCAACGCAACAGGAUUCUGGGCUUAUUAUGAGAUUUGCACAGAAGUUGACAGUGAAGAAUCCGGAUGGACCAAGAAGUGGGACGAGCAUGGCAAAUGCCCUUAUGCUUACAAAGGCACACAGUGGGUGGGCUACGAAGACCCGAAGAGUGUCGAGAUCAAAAUGAACUGGAUCAAAGAGAAGGGUUACUUAGGUGCUAUGACCUGGGCUAUAGACAUGGAUGACUUCCAAGGACUCUGUGGCGAAAAGAACGCGUUGAUGAAACUGUUACACAAGCAUAUGAGUUCGUAUACUGUUCCUCCGGCGAGAACUGGUCACACUACUCCCACGCCGGAGUGGGCGCGGCCUCCGUCGACGCCUUCGGACCCUUCAGAAGGGGAACCCGUCCCUACUACGACCACCACUACCACGAAGCCCACUACUUCAGUAAAAACGACCACACAAGUGCCGACCAACGUCACAGAUAGUGCAACUAGUCAAACAGCGGCAUCCGCUGCGCCAGAAAUACCUGACGUUGAGCCGCCACCAGCGGAAAAUGAAAUUGAAAAUCCGGAUAUCUGCACUUCAGAGGACGAUUAUGUUCCAGAUAAAAAGGCUUGUGAUAAGUACUGGCGAUGUGUCAACGGCGAAGCUAUGCAGUUCAAAUGCCAACCAGGCACCGUUUUCAACGUAAAACUUAACGUUUGCGAUUGGCCCGACAAUGCAAAACGAAACGACUGUCAGCUAUAA